AUGACAGUCAUAGAUUACAAAACAGACUACCAAACAGUAGGAGAAGAGAUUCACAAGAAGAAAACACCCCCGUCCAUUCGGAACCCCAAAGCGCGUGUGGUCACCUUGAGGGUUAAACUUUCCAGUUUGAAUUUGGAUGAUCAUGCAAAGAAAAAAUUAAUCAAACUUGUCGGAGACCGGUACUGCAAGACCACAGAUUUGCUUACUAUCAGGGCAGACAGGUGUCCCUUAAAGAGACAGAAUAGUGAUUAUGCAAUGUAUUUACUAACAGUUCUGUACCACGAAUCUUGGAAAACGGAAGAAUGGGAGCAGAGUAAGACUGAGGCUGACAUGGAGGAGUACAUGUGGGAGAACAGCCCAUCUGAGAGAAGCAUUGUGGACACUCUCCUCCGGAUGAGGCCGACUGACAAGGGCCCGCACACCCGGAAAGAGCUCCUGGACUCCCCUGAAGUGGGCGAAUAUAGACGGUGUGUCGUCAGUCUGAAGAACCAGGGCGACAGUGAGCAGGCUCUCUUGCAGUACAAAGAAUCAGUGAAGAGACUCUUGAGUUUGACGUGACGUUUGCUGAGAAAUCGCUGUCAUCCACUUAAUAUAAAGUUGAAAUUAUUACUGAAAAAAAAAAGAAGAAAA